GCUGAGAACACCAUCAUCCACCACAUCAGCUAGAGUCUCUAGGCUUCUACUCAAAACCAAGUGCACCGCACCCCAAGCCAACACUCGAUCUCUGUCAUGGCCAAAAGCCCUCACGCCAUUGCCAUAGACAACGACCCACCACCAGCACCACCUUAGCUACACCGCCAGCCUUCGAUGGUCGAGACCUCGACCAGCACCUACAAGUCCGAGAAGCAGAAGCUGCUGGCCCUCCCCGCCCUCAAGGGCAGGGGAGCGCGCCGCCCCACCCUCGAUGCCCCGCCUCCCUACGCGCCUGUCGCAGGCCGUUACGAAAUGACGCUGUCGGACAACGGCGACACCGAUGACCUGGACUCCUCGGAUACGGCCUCUACAUGGUCUACUGCCAGCACGUGCUCGUCUGGCGACACCUACAUGUCCGCCACUUCAGACGAAUACUCGUCCACCACGACGUCGGCAUUCUCUUCCCCCGCCGGCUACCAGAGCACUUCGUCUUACACGAGCUACGCUGAGGGUUUCGCGACCAUCGUAACUCUUACGACCCGUGUUGUCCCUAUCGCGCAGCUGCCGCCCGCGUACUUCCGCUGUCCCAGCUGCGCCGACGGCUACGCCGCUGUCCAGCUUGGCCUGUCAUGCCCUCACAACUGUAUGCCCGCCUCCACGCGCUAGCGAGUUUGUUGUACGUCUAAUGGUUUUGGUCCAGCCAAGUCAAUAUACCUUCAAUACCAUACGUGUAUCGUGUAGUCUGCUCCGUUUGGAAUCUGAAUAAUGAAUGUUUACUUCGUGCUCCUUG